AAUCCGGUGUCUACUGUAUACCUGAUGCCUGUGCAGCAGGAGGCGAUACGUUCGGAAAAACUGGAUUUUUUUCCCCUUUAUUUCCUGAAAGCUGUUCCAUUUUCAUGGAAUAAUCACCACUGACAUGCUAAUUAUAUAAACGAGGCAGUUUAUACUGUCGUUUUGUCUCUAAUUUAAUUAAAAUACUAUGAAUUAAUUUCUCUUCGACGUUGUUAAAGCCGCAGUGACGAGACGAAGCUAAGCGCUUUGUACUCAGGAUGUGCGCGUCGGUGAAAUACAGCUCUCGCGGUCCGGCUCUCAUCCCUCGCAUGAAGACCAAACACCGGAUCUACUACAUCACGCUGUUCUCCGUGGUGCUGCUGGGUUUAAUCGCCACCGGAAUGUUCCAGUUCUGGCCUCAUUCCAUCGAGUCUUCCGCGGAGUGGACUCUGGACCGCCGCAGCGUGCACGACGCUCCGCUGGUCAAACUGCCCGCGUCCAGCCCCAUUCCCGAGAGAGGAGACCUGAGCUGCCGCAUGCACACCUGCUUCGACGUCUACCGCUGUGGCUACAAUCCCAAAAACCGCAUCAAGGUGUACAUCUACCCCCUGCAGAGGUUUGUGGACGAGGUGGACGUGCCCAUCAGCAGUAGCGGUCUGUCCCGUGAGUAUAACGAGCUGCUGAGCGCCGUCUCCGACAGCGACUUCUACACCGACGACGUCACUCGCGCGUGUCUUUUCAUCCCGUCCAUCGACGUGCUGAACCAGAACUCGCUGCGUAUCCGCGAAACCGCUCAGGCUCUCGCCCUGUUGCCCAGAUGGGAUAAGGGGAUGAAUCACUUACUGUUCAACAUGUUACCAGGAGGACCUCCGGACUACAACACGGCGCUGGACGUUCCCAGAGACAGAGCUUUGCUAGCUGGAGGCGGUUUCUCAACGUGGACCUACAGACAAGGCUACGAUGUCAGCGUCCCCGUGUACAGCCCUCUGUCGGCUGAAGUCGAUCUCCCCGAGAGACAGCCCGGCCCGAGGCGAUACUUCAUCCUGUCGUCUCAGACAGCCGUCCAUCGCGAGUACCGCACAGAGCUGGAGAGGCUGAAGGAGGAGAACGGAGAGUCCAUCCUCCUGCUGGACAAGUGCAGUAACCUCUCUCAGGGCGUGGCCUCGGCCCGGAAACGCUGCUCCAAGGGCCAGACGUACGACUACCCCCAGAUCCUCCAGGAGUCGUCGUUCUGCGUGGUGUUACGCGGCGCUCGACUCGGCCAGGCCACUCUCAGCGACGUGCUGCAGGCAGGUUGUGUUCCCGUCAUCAUGGCCGACUCGUACAUCCUGCCCUUCUCCGAGGUGCUGGACUGGAAAAGAGCAUCAGUCGUCAUUCCGGAGGAGAAACUUCCGGAGAUGUACAUGAUUUUGAAAAGUAUUUCUCACAGACAGGUGGAGGAGAUGCAAAGACAGGCUCGCUGGUUCUGGGACGCGUACUUCAGCUCCAUGAAGGCCAUCGGAUUGACCACGCUGCAGAUCAUCAACGAUCGCAUUUACCCCUACGCAGCACGCACGUACGAGCAGUGGAACAACCCUCCGCUCGUGAAGUGGUCCAGCGUGAACAGUCCGCUUUUCCUCCCGCUGAUUCCUCCUCGGUCUCCAGGAUUCACCGCCGUGGUUCUGACCUACGACCGGGUCGAGAGUCUCUUCAGGGUCAUCACGGAGAUCUCCAAAGUGCCGAGUCUCGCCAAGCUGCUGGUGGUCUGGAACAACCAGAACAAGAGUCCACCUGAAGAAUCUCUUUGGCCCAAAAUCGCCGUUCCUCUCAAAGUGGUGCGCACCAAAGAAAACAAACUCAGCAAUCGCUUCUUUCCCUUCGAUGAGAUCGAGACGGAGGCGGUGCUGGCCAUUGAUGAUGACAUCAUCAUGCUGACGUCUGACGAGCUGCAGUUUGGAUACGAGGUGUGGCGGGAAUUCCCAGACAGGCUGGUGGGAUAUCCCGGUCGACUCCAUUUAUGGGACCACGAGAUGGGGAAGUGGAAGUACGAGUCGGAGUGGACCAACGAGGUGUCCAUGGUGUUGACUGGAGCUGCGUUUUAUCACAAGUACUUCAAUUAUCUGUACACGUACAAGAUGCCGGGAGACAUUAAGAACUGGGUAGACGCUCAUAUGAACUGUGAGGACAUCGCCAUGAACUUCCUGGUGGCCAACAUCACGGGGAAAGCGCCUAUAAAGGUGACGCCACGUAAGAAGUUCAAGUGCCCCGAGUGCACGGCGAUAGACGGGCUGUCGCUGGACCAGACGCACAUGGUGGAGAGGUCUGAGUGCAUAAACAAAUUCGCGUCCGUAUUCGGCACCAUGCCUCUGAAGGUCGUGGAACACCGUGCUGAUCCCGUUUUAUACAAGGAUGACUUCCCGGAGAAGCUCAAGAGUUUUCCCAACAUUGGAAGUUUAUGACCGAGUCUCGCUCCUGUUCUUUACACUUUCGUCUUGUAAAAACCACGUCACAGAUGCUCUAGGACUCAUCGAUGUUUAACUUUUUAAGAUAAGAGCACGUUUCUUCUUGUUUAUGAUGUGAUGUGACGUGACAGAGGAAAACGUCCUGUUGCUGUAUCUACACAUGUUCUUUUAUCGAGAUGGAUCUCCAGGAACUUGGAAGGAAGAACCGAACAACUGGAACGUCAUGGAGCAGAUUGUGUCUGUCGAUAACACUGAAAAUUAGGGUCCACUGAAAAACAAUGUUUGACCUUGAGAAGCUGAAAUCAUGGCUUUUUAUAUGUUUUUAUGGAAAACGAGGAUUGGAUUGGAGAGUCUCAGAGCAGUAUCAGUAUAUUAAACUUCCAGGAGCUCUCAGUGGUCCGGAUUUACAUUUCUCACUCUGAAUUACUCACAUUUUACUGUCUUUCACUGUAUUUACUGAAUAAUACAUACUACUAUUCAAUACAAACUGAAAAAGGGUUUUAAGCGUUAAAAAUUCAAAAAGGAGUUUAAAAAUAUUUACACUUAUUUUAGUAAAGAUUCAUCGGUACCAAAUUACACACUAGAGCUGCUAAGUAAGUAAUUGGAAAAAGCGAAUUUUCUUUAUUACAAACCGGAACUUAAAUCCCGUCACAUUUUGGUUCCUACACUCUUAGAAACAGUGAUUUUCUCAAGAGUUCUUUAAGGUUUAAUUGGAUAAUUUAAGGGUUCUUAGCUUCUUAAAUAAAAUAUCUCUUGGUUCUGGGGAAACCCUUAAAGUUUCUGCGUAGAGCCAUACAAUAAAUUGUUUCCUAACAGAAAUGUUUCCAGGUCGAACUGUUUUUAGAAGCUGGGAAUUAAGCUUAAAUUAUCCAAUGAACCCUUAAAGAACCCUUGUAGAACCCUGUGUGUACCAAGAGUUAAAUGUUAAACUCCUGAUAGAUUCUAGGUAUUACGAAGAAAAUAAAUAAAUAGAACCCUAUGGCAAAAUGUUUAGGAUGGGAAGAACCAUUAAUUUUCUAAUGAACUCUUAGAGAACGCUUGAAGAACCCUUUGUUCUAAGUGUGUGUUUUAACAAACUCCAAAUUAUUGCUCAUUAUUUUUUCUCAUUAUAAUUUCUUCUUAAUAUCUAGAACCUGGCAGGAGUCUGACAUUUUAGCUAUCAUGGUUCUCCGUACAUCCUUAGAAAAUAAGGGUUCUUGAAUGGAAUUUGAAUAAAUAACGGUACUUCGCUUUCAAAAAAAGUAUUCUUUAAAAUAUUUUUGAUUGGAAAUUUUUAUUUGUAGAGUUCUACAUGGAAACUUGAAGAGUUCCCCCAGAGAGAUAACCAAAUAACUAUUAAAGUUUCAAUCUAGAACUCUACAAGACAAUAUUAUCUUAAGCUCUCCAAAGAAGCUCCAAAUUAUUGCUCAUUCUUUUCUUCUUAAUAUCUAGAACUUGUCAGGAGUUUAACGUUUCGCUUUUGUGGAGGAAAAAGGGUUCUUGAAGCUUCUAGCACUUUAUUAUACGGGAAGAGAGAGAACCUUAAAGAAUUCCCUCAUGAGGAAAAGCUGAAGAAUCAACCCUUAACGGUUCUAACGUUUCUGUAGAGUGUAGUACAUGUCCAGGUUUUACAGGUUUUCAAAAAUAAAACUAUUUUUCCCCAAAAAACCUUUAAAAAA